AUGAAUAUAAGAUCUAGCUGGCUCCAGAGGCUGUGCUGUAGUCAGAAGACACAGCUGCCCUGAGGAUGGAGCAGGGACUCAGCAGGAUCCCAGCCUGGGAGCUGGACAAGUUCAUAGAGGUUCACCUCCUUCCCAACACCAGCUUCCGAACUGAGGUCAAGGCAGCCAUCAUGAUCAUAUGUGAUUUCCUGAAGGAGAGAUGCUUCCGAGGCACUACCCACCCUGUGAGGGUCUCCAAGGUGGUGAAGGGUGGCUCCUUGGACAAGGGCUCAACACUGGACUUGGUGGUGUUCCUUAACAAUCUCACCAGCUUUGAAGAUCAGUUAAAGCGACGGGGAGAGUUCAUCCAGGAAAUUAAGAAACAGCUUUACAAUUUUCAGAAAGAGAGAGAGUUAUGGGUGAAGUUUGAGGUCCAGAGUCCAUGGUGGUCCGAUAUUGCAUGCUGGUUAAACAUUUUAUGGUUGUUCAACAUCCGGGCACUCAGCUUCAAACUGAGCUCCUUCCAGCAUCAGCAGGAGGUGGAGUUUGAUGUGCUGCCGGCCUAUGAUGUCCUGGGUCAACUCAACAUCAAGCCUCACCCCCAAAUCUAUGCUGACCUCAUCAGAGAGUGCACCUCCAAGAAGAUGGAGGGCGAGUUCUCCAUCUGCUUCACAGAACUCCAAAGAAACUUCUUGAAGAGACAUCCACCCAAGCUAAAGAGUCUCAUCCACCUGGUCAAGCACUGGUACCAACUGUGUAAAGAGAAGCUGGGGAAGCCUCUGCCCCCACAGUAUGCCCUGGAGCUGCUCACCGUCUAUGCCUGGGAACAUGGGAGUGGAUUCCCUGAGUUCAAAAUAUCUCGGGGCUUCAGGACAGUCUUGGAACUGGUCAUGAUGCACAGGCAGCUUCGAAUCUACUGGACAGUGUAUUAUGACUUUCAAUACCAAUAUGUCUCCAACUACCUGCACAAUCAGCUCCGCAGAGCCAGGCCUGUGAUCCUGGAUCCAGCUGACCCAACAAGGAAUGUGGCUGGUUUGAACUCAGACGGCUGGUGGCUGCUGUCAAAGGAGGCUCUGGCCUGGCUGCAAUACCCAUGCUUUAAAAACGUAGAUGGUUCCCCAGUGCGCUCCUGGGAUGUGCCGACGGAGGUUGGCGUGCCACAUCAGGAGAACCAGGAGAAUUAUACUUUUCUUAAUCUCUGUAUAUUUUUGUUUUGUCUGUUUCUAUUGUUUCAAGCUCUUCUUCUUCAUAGCACAGGCUAGUCUGGAGUUCACCAUCCUCCUGCCUUAGUGCUGGGAUGACUGUAGUGUAGGCCUGAUGUGCCCUGCCUUCCCUCCAUCCUCAGAUGGACUGAACUUUACAUCCUCCUGUGAGCACAGCAGCGGUUGUCCAGAAGGCUCUGGAGUCAGGGGAUGUGCUCCUCUGUGCAGGCCUUGAUCAGAGAGGGCAGGAUACUGCCCAAGGGAGCAGGUGUCUCUGUGCAAGGCCCUACACUCUUAAGUACCUCUUAUAGAAGAGGUACUCUGCCCAAGGCCCCAGUGAGGGAGUGUCCAACCUGGGGUCAGACUCCAGGCUUUUGACCCCUGCCCCCACACCCUUCCAUCCUGCCCCAUCACAGUCAGCCUGCUUCACCUUCCUUAUCCUCUGACAGUGUUCUCAGGGGACAAGAGAUUCAGAAGGGGAGGGGAGAACUCGAGCUUGACUUCUGUCUGUGUAUUUGUUGGAGGGUUCUGUCCAGUGUUGAUCAACUACAGCAGAUGCCUGUAGUGGAGGGUAUGUGAAGCUAUGAGAAUUUGAAUAAAAGGAAAUCAAAUAUUUCUUGGGGAA